GCCACCCCUCCAAGAAUCUUCCAAACGGCGUCGCUUAAGUUAGGGCAAAUAAGUCAUUUAAGUAUAUUUAUAAACCCCUCGAAGCCCUAAAACUUGUCGUGUGUUUCUUUUUCUUUUGGCUGCAGGUCUGUAAGCUGGUUGAAGGAGUAGAAAUGGCUGAAGAAACUAAGACAGCAGCUUUUAUUCCUGAAUCUGUGUUAAAGAAAAGGAAGAGAAGUGAAGAUUGGGCUUUGUUGAAGGUCCAGGAAUUAAAGGCAAAGAAGGAAAAAAGUGCUGAAAACAGAAAGAUAAUCUUCAAAAGGGCUGAGAAAUAUGGAAAAGAAUACAGAGAACAGGAAAGAGAGCUGAUAAAUUUGAAAAGAGAGGCCAAACUGAAAGGAGGAUUUUAUGUUGAACCAGAGGCCAAACUAUUAUUCAUUAUUCGCAUUCGUGGUAUCAAUGCAAUGGAUCCAAAGACCAGAAAAAUUUUGCAACUCUUGCGUCUUAGACAGAUAUUUAAUGGCGUGUUUCUCAAAGUGAACAAAGCAACCAUGAAUAUGCUGCACAAGGUUGAGCCAUAUGUGACUUAUGGAUACCCUAAUCUUAAAAGUGUGCGGGAAUUGAUCUAUAAGAGGGGUUAUGGAAAGCUGAACAAGCAGAGGAUUGCUCUCACAGAUAAUUCCAUCAUUGAACAGGCUUUGGGAAAUUUUGGAAUUAUUUGCAUGGAAGAUUUGAUUCAUGAGAUAAUGACUGUGGGGCCUCAUUUCAAGGAGGCAAAUAACUUUCUCUGGCCAUUUAAACUGAGUGCUCCAUCAGGAGGUUUGGAGAAGAAGAGGAACCAUUAUGUGGAGGGUGGUGAUGCUGGAAAUCGUGAGAAUUACAUCAAUGAGCUCGUUAGGAGGAUGAAUUAGAUCCUAAUAUGUUUGCUCCAGUUAUAUGUGUUUCUAUAGCCUCGUGAAUUUUGCCGGAAUUACAAGUGAUUGAGAUUUCUGGGGUUGUCAGUUUAUGUUGAAAAUUUCUAACCUAUCAAGUCCUCAGUUUACAUUUGCAUUUCUGUUUUAUGGCUAUUAAAACUUUUUUAUUGUUCCUGUAA